AUGGCUCCCACAUCAUCUUCCUCAUCCUUUCACCCUGCUCUUGCUAUUUCUAACAUCAAGACACAUGUUCCCAUCACUCGUGAGAUAGAGAACGUCCAAUAUACAAAUUGGGCAGAGUUAUUCAAGGUCCAUUGUCGAUCUCACAAGGUUUUUCAUCAUAUUAUCCCACCGAAAUCUAAGGACGGGGAGGCCACAGAGCCUGCCACCCUUAGUCAGGAAGAACAAGACUUGUGCGAUACGUUGGAUGCUGCUGUGGUUCAGUGGAUUUAUUCCACAAUUUUGACAGAUCUCUUGAAUACCGUUAUUAAAGCCGAUGUUUUUGUCAUGACUCUAUGGAAUCGUCUUCGUGAUUUGUUUCAGGAUAAUGAGAACUCUCGUGCUGUUUACUUGGAACACGAGUUCAACAACACCUACUUGAAGGAUUUCUCCUCGGUUUCUGUAUAUUGCCAGCACCUCAAAACACUUUCCGACCAACUCAAGAAUGUGGGUGCUCCGGUUUCGAACAAUCGUCUUGUUCUUCGUAUGGUGGGUGGUCUCACACCGGCUUACAAGGGAGUUGCUUCGGUUAUUCGCCACAAAAAGGUACUACCACCUUUUUAUGAAGUUCGAUCGAUGAUGGCCUUAGAAGAAACCAUCAUGAAGGAGGCGACGACUGAUGAUGCGAUGAUGGUGACUAAUCAUGACACUGAUGAGAUUUCUAAUCAUCCUCCUCCAGGUCGUGCACGUGGGAAACACAAGAAACACCACAACAAUAACAAAAACCACAAACCUACAAGUAGUGGAGUUCAGACGUCGGGUGCUGGACGUGGUGGCAACUAUGGAGGUGGUCUGAACUUGGGCGGUGGUCAACAGGGUCCGAUGCAACCAACAUGGGCUAUGCCUCCUUGGUGGAAAUGGAUGCAACCACCUUGGGUCAUGCCUCCUUGUCCAUAUCCGACUCAACCUUGGGGUAGGCAAGUUGGACCACGACAGCCUGGUAUUCUAGGAGCACGACCCCAGCAGGAGUAA